AUGCCUGCUGCGCCAAUUCCCAUCCGGACCGACUUGGUCAUCAGGACGGCCCCCUCAGAACAUGCCAAUGCUUCACCCAGGGCAGUAACGAGACACAAGCACACGCGCUCUUCCUACUCGGAAUCUUCUCCAAUCCUGUCCAUGUCGAGGAAUAAUUCUCUGAGUUUCCGACCACUCAAGCGUUCAAUGCCUACCCCAGACAAGACAAUUGCCGUGAUCAAUGCAAGUGGUCGCCAAGCAGCUUCAUUGAUCCGGAUAGCUACUGCCGUGGGCUACAAGGUUCGCGCACAGCUAAGGAAUCUCGAGGGCGUCAUUGCCACCGAAGUUUCCACGAAUCCCAAUGUCACAGUCUUUGUGGGAGAGUUGUACAUACGAAAGAAGCCUGACGACAAUAGAGAUGUCACAGCCAAUGGCCACAUUCCAGGCAUCGUCGUCAAUGAGGACCUCAUCUCGCAAGUGUUUUGCGGAGCGCAGCUAGCUUUUAUCAACACGACAUUUUACGGCAAUGAGGUCCAGGUGGGUGAGGCAAUCGCCGACGUCGCGACAAGGGUCAAGGUUCAGCAUUUUGUCUAUUCUUCGAUGCCUGAUCACGCGGCAUACAACCCCGAGUGGCCUUCGUUACCUCUUUGGUCGGCCAAGCACAGAGUGGAAGAAUACAUUCGCCAAAUUGGCCUACCAGCCACAUUUGUCUACACUGGCAUUUACAACAACAAUUUCACUUCAUUGGCCUAUCCGCUUUUCUGCAUGGAUCUUCAGUCCGAUGGAUCCUUUGUGUGGCAAGCUCCAUUCCAUCCUGAUGCCAAACUCCCAUGGCUCGAUGCCGAGCACGACGUCGGCCCGGCCAUUCUACAACUUUUCAAGGAUGGGCCCUCGAAGUGGAAUGGCAAGCGCAUUGCGCUGGCGUACGAGCACUUGACUCCCCUCGAGGCGUGCCAAGCUUUCGAGAAGGGACUUGGUAGACGAGUCAAGUACCAUAGGGGCCCUAUCGAGGUCAAGUGCAAGAUCCCAGAGGGUUACCGGGACCAACUGGUUGCCUUGGAAAAGCUCUUUUCCCCGACGAAUCCAGACGCGGAAAAGCAACCACCAUACUUUGGAGACCGAGUCCUCGAGGACAGCUGUCCGGACAGCGCUCUGGCUUUGUGGGAAGGCCCCAGGGGCUUGGAAGAAUACGCCGGAGAAAUCUUUCCUCUCGAAGAAGAAGCUAAUGGCAAGACUUGGAUGUUCGAUGAUGAGGAGUACGAUGAGCCAGCUGAGAGCGAAGUCCCCGCCUUGGAUGACGAGGAGCCAGAUAGCGAUGAGUCCAUCGACGAAGGACUCGUCAUGAGAGGUCUCAAGCGAGAUGAGGAGCAGUGGCUUGCCUAG